AUGCUUUCUUUCUUUCUUUUUUCUUUCAUUCAUUUUUCUUUCUUUCAUUCUUUCUUUCACCCUUUCUUUUAUUCUUUCUUUCAUGCUUUUCUUUCUUUCUUUUUUUUUUUCAUUCAUUUUUUCUUUCUUUUCAUUCUUUCUUUUCACCCUUUCUUUUAUUCUUUCUUUCAUGCUUUUCUUUCUUUUUUUCUUUCAUUCAUUUUUCUUUCUUUCAUUCUUUCUUUUCACCCUUUCUUUUUAUUCUUUCUUUCAUGCUUUCUUUCUUUCUUUUUUCUUUCAUUCAUUUUUCUUUCUUUCAUUCUUUCUUUCACCCUUUCUUUUAUUCUUUCUUUCAUGCUUUCUUUCUUUCUUUUUUUUUUCAUUCAUUUUUCUUUCUUUCAUUCUUUCUUUCACCCUUUCUUUUAUUCUUUCUUUCAUGCUUUCUUUCUUUCUUUUUUCUUUCAUUCAUUUUUCUUUCUUUCAUUCUUUCUUUCACCCUUUCUUUUAUUCUUUCUUUCAUGCUUUCUUUCUUUCUUUUUUCUUUCAUUCAUUUUUCUUUCUUUCAUUCUUUCUUUCAAUUUUUUCUUUUUAUUCUUUCUUUCAUGCUUUCUUUCUUUCUUUUUUCUUUCAUUCAUUUUUCUUUCUUUUCAUUCUUUCUUUCACCCUUUCUUUUAUUCUUUCUUUCAUGCUUUCUUUCUUUCUUUUUUCUUUCAUUCAUUUUUCUUUCUUUCAUUCUUUCUUUCAAUUUUUCUUUUAUUCUUUCUUUCAUGCUUUCUUUCUUUCUUUUUUCUUUCAUUCAUUUUUCUUUCUUUCAUUCUUUCUUUCACCCUUUCUUUUAUUCUUUCUUUCAUGCUUUCUUUCUUUCUUUUUUCUUUCAUUCAUUUUUCUUUCUUUCAUUCUUUCUUUCACCCUUUCUUUUAUUCUUUCAUUCAUUUUUAUUCCUUUACUAAAUUCUUCGUUUUCCUUCUCAUAUAUUUUCGCUUUUUUUCCUUUCAUUCAUUUAAGGCCCUCUUCUUUUCCCCUCUCUUUGUCUUUUGCUCGCUUUACUGUUCCCCCCCCCAUUUCCAUCUCGCAUUAAGUUCUUUCAACAAUCCUUUUCUUCAUCAUUUUUACGAUUGUCUUAGUUAUUGGCCUCAGGCUCGUUUAACACCACCUUAUUAUCUAUUCUUUCUUUCUUUUCUUCAUAUACACGCUGUGUGUCUAUAUUUAAAUCUUUCUUCCCCUUUUUCUUCUCUCUCUCAUUUCUUUCUUUCCACUCGUCAUUAUAUUUCAAUCUUUCUUUCUUUUUUUUUAUUUUCUUUCUCUCACGUCCCCUCAAUUCUCUCUCCCUUCCUACCGUCGCUGAUUUUCAAUCUUUCUCUUUCUAUUCUUUCUCUUUCUCUCUCAUUUCGUUCUCCCCACUCCAUCGCUAUAUCUGAAUCUUUCUUUCAAUCUUUUUAUUCUCUAACUCUCUUAAUUUUUUCCUCUGUCUAUCGCUUUCUUAACCCUUUUUUAAUUCUCUCUCUCUCAUUUCUUUCCCCCCCCCCAGUCGCUAUAUUUCAAUCUUUCUUUCUCUUUUUUAUUCUCUCUCUUUCUCGCCCCAUCAAUUCUCUCUCCCUUCCCACCGCCGUUGAUUUUGAAUCUUUCUCUUUUUUUAUUCUCUGUCUUUCUCUCUUUCAUUUCCUUCUUCCCACCCCGUCGCCAUAUUUGAAUCUAACUUUAUCCUUUUUAUUCUCUCACUCUCUUAAUUUUUUCCUCUCUCUGUCGCUUUCUUUCCCUUCUUUAUUCUUUCUUUCUUUCUCUCUCGUUUCUUUUCCCCUAGUCGCUAUAUUUCAGUCUUUCUUUCUUUUUUUAUUCUCUCUCUUUCUAUCCCUCACAAUUCUUUCUCCCCUCCCACCGUCGCUAUAUUUCAAUCUUUCUUUCUCUUUUUUAUUCUCUCUCUUUCUCGCCCCCUCAAUUCUCUCUCCCUUCCCACCGCCGUUGAUUUUGAAUUUUUCUCUUUUUUUAUUUUCUGUCUUUUUCUCUCAUUUCUUUCCUCCCACACCGUCGCCAUAUUUGAAUCUAACUUUAUCUUUUUUAUUCUCUCACUCUCUUAAUUUUUUCCUCUCUCUGUCGCUUUCUUUCCCUUCUUUAUUCUUUCUUUCUUUCUCUCUCGUUUCUUUUCCUUUAGUCGCUAUAUUUCAGUCUUUCUUUCUCUUUUUUAUUCUCUCUCUUUCCAUCCCUCACAAUUCUUUCUCUCCUCUCACCAUCACUGUAUUUGAAUCUUUCUUUCUAUCUUUUUAUUCUCUCUCUCUCAUUAUCUCUCUACAACUAUUCUCGUCUAUUUCUCUUUCCUAUCUCAGUUUUGUGUCGCCUUCUUUGGUCUUUCAUGAGAAAAUUGAUCAUGUUCAUAUCUAUCUAUCUAUCUAUCUAUCUAUCUAUCUAUCUAUCUAUCUAUCUAUCUCAGUCUAUUCAUAUCUCUAUUAUCUAUCUAUCUAUCUAUCAUCUAUCUAUCUAUCUAUCUAUCUAUCUAGUCUGUUCAUCUAUCUAUCUAUCUAUCUAUCUAUCUAUCUAUCUAUCUAUCUAUCUCAGUCUGUUCAUAUCUAUCUAUCUAUCUAUCUAUCUAUCUAUCUAUCUAUCUCAGUCUGUUCAUAUCUAUCAUCUAUCUAUCUAUCUCUUUUCAACUAUCUAUUUGACUCUUUUAACCUAUCCUAUCUAUCUAUCUAUCUCAGUCUAUUCAUAUCUAUCUAUCUAUCUAUCUAUCUAUCUAUCUAUCUAUCUAUCUAUCUCAGUCUGUUCAUAUCUAUCUAUCUAUCUAUCUAUCUAUCUAUCUAUCUAUCUAUCUAUCUCAGUCUGUUCAUGUCUAUCUAUCUAUCUAUCUAUCUAUCUAUCUAUCUAUCUAUCUAUCUAUCUCAGUCUGUUCAUAUCUAUCUAUCUAUCUAUCUAUCUAUCUAUCUAUCUAUCUGUCUCUUUUCACCUAUCUAUCUGUCUCUUUUAACCUAUCUAUCUAUCUCAAAUUGUUCAUAUCUAUCUAUCUAUCUAUCUAUCUAUCUAUCUAUCUAUCUCACGUAUGAACUGCUGGCCCUGGCUACGCCGUUGACCAAAUUAUCUAUCUAUCUAUCUAUCUAUCUAUCUAUCUAUCUAUCUAUCUAUCUAUCUAUCUAUCUAUGUUCAUUAUCAAUCUCUGUUCAUUAUCUAUCUAUCGUAUAUACUCGCGUAUCAUGCGACUUUUGA